AGGAAUAAGACUAGUCGUCUAGAUGUCUUAUUCUUUGCUUGUUAAAUUGAAUCCGUGGAAACCCCGAGUGCUAUGUCGCCUGUCACACAAUCCUCACUCGACCCUCUUCCCUGAUUUUUAAACCCCCAAAACGAACACAGAAACACGAUUCUCGCUGCUCUUUGAAAGUUCAAAUUUGGAACUUCCAUAUAAUCAAGUAUUAAAAAACCCCACUCAUUUGUCGAACUAUUCUUGGAUAGAUAAUAGAAUACAAUAAAUACAGGGUGUAGUAAUAGUAUACACUCCAAACCCCUAUGAUUAAUUAUCUUGCCAGAAAGACUUAUUUGUCAUCCCUCAACUUGAGUUUAUUCAAAUAAUUUUGGCUUCGGAUUUGCAAGAUUCGGGUUGGAUUUGAUGCCGGAAACUUGAGAUCUGAAGUAAGUAAGGAGCAGGAGGAGGAGGAAGAAGAAGAAGAUACAGAAACCUGCACCUUCAAUGGAACCUCCAACAGGGUUUUGGAAAUCUUUAGGCCAAUUCAUCCUUUUCUUGCCUUAUUUCAUUGGCCUUCUGCUUCUUGGCUUCAUUAAAGGAAUCAUUUUUGCUCCAUUAAUAUGUGCUAUUCUGACAAUUGGAAACUCUACUAUUGUAAUUGGUCUUUACCCAGUACAUGUCGUUUGGUCUUACUUUUCCAUAUUGAGUGCUAAACGAUUAGGACCUGUGAUGAAAGUGGUUGCAUGCAUUUUGUUUACACCAGUCUUGAUUUUCUGGCCUAUUGCAAUGGUUGUGGGUAGCAUUCUUGGUGGCUUAGCAUUUGGUUUCCUUGGGCCAAUGUUUGGAACUUUUAAAGCUGUUGGUGAAGGGAAAACCGAUCAGUUUCUCCAUUGUAUUAUCGAUGGAACUUGGGACACUGUUGAAAGAAGCUUUACACUUGUGAGAGACUUAUUAGAUGUAUGCUUCUAUUCAUACUUCUCUAUGAUGGAUGAUCUUCGAAAACAAGGUCUUCCAGAUUCUAAAAUUGAGAUCAGGAUAGUCUAUUGUCCUGUAUCGAUUCUGCUAGGUGUAGUAGGAGUGUUGGUUGACUUUCCAGUGAUUACAGUUAUAGCUGCAUUGAAAAGUCCAUACAUGUUGCUCAAAGGGUGGCAUCGUUUGUUUCAAGAUUGUGUGGGGAGAGAAGGCCCUUUCUUGGAGACAAUUUGUGUGCCAUUUGCAGGUUUAGCCAUCUUGCUAUGGCCAUUGGCUGUUGCUGGAGCUGUGUUAGCCUCCAUGAUAUCUGCUAUCUUUCUUGGUUUAUAUGCAGCUGUUGUAUGCUAUCAGGAAUCGUCUUUCUAUCUUGGGCUUUGUUAUAUUGUAUCUGCAUUGUCCAUCUUUGAUGAGUAUAGCAAUGAUAUUCUUGAUUUGCCCGAGGGAUCUUGCUUUCCCAAGCCUAAAUAUCGGCGCAACCCUGGAUUGUCUACUUCGAGUUCUUUCUCAAGGAUGGGAUCGUCUAAACAUCCACCCUCUCGGUCUGGAUCUCUGCGGGCCCCCAUGAUUGAAUUGAAGCCGUUGGAGUUGCUGGAUGGUUUCUUCUCAGAAUGUCGUAGACAGGGUGAAUUCUUGGUGUUGGAAGGAUUAAUAACAGUAAAAGAGAUUGUGGAUGCAAAAUCCAACAAAGAAACUGGAACCGUAAUAACCGUCGGUGUGCCCGCUUAUUGUCUUUACCAAUCACUUUUACGCUCCGCAAAAGCCAAUACUGCCGGUCUAUUGCUCGCGGAUAAUACGGAGAUAACCACCCUAAACAGACCCAAAGACACAAUCUAUGAUUGGUUCUUGAACCCGCUUUUGGUCAUCAAAGAUCAAAUCAGAGCACAAAAUCUCACACCAACUGAAGAGGAUUAUUUAGGAAAACUAGUUUUGUUGAGUGGUGAUGCCCAAAAGUUGAAAAUUUCCAACAUUGGUCCCCCACCCGAAUCCGAGCUUAGACGGGCUGAACUUGAGGCCAUUGCUCGAAGGCUUCAAGGGAUAACAAAGUCGAUAUCGAGGUACCCAACAUACAGAAGACGGUUUGAGAACACGAUGAAGGCGAUAUCUGAAGAGCUUGAGGGCAGGGAUGGCAGUAACAGAGGACCUCAAACUGUUCCCAGAUCCAAAAGUAGGACCCAACCACCAGCUGAAAAAGAAGAAACCCCAGGCGACUUUUUCUAUAACACAUGGGAGAAUCGACAUGUCUCAUGCAUUCUCUACCUGAACCCAACAACCAUGGGAACCAUGUACAUGUUCUUGGAGAUUCAGUCUCUUUUGGGAGCCAAGAGUUAUGCCCAACCUGGAUCAGUUGCCCAAAAGAAAGCUUUCUUUGAAGCUCAUUACAAGAAAGUGGCUGCUCAAAAAGCUGCUGCAGCCGCUGCUGCAUUGCUUGAGCAAGAAAAAAACGCCAUCGCCACCACCACCACCACCACCAGCCCCAAACCCCAUGAUUAUUCACAAACAUCGUUGGUGAACAUUCAUAUACCACAACCACCAUUGUUGAAUACACAGAAAAUUGUCAACGAAGAACAACCUCUCAAUCUUGUUGUAUCGGGAGCUGAAAAGGUUGUAGCAGAUGUGGGUUUGAAGAAGAAAGAUUUGGUAAACAAGAUUGAGAAUCUUGAAGAUCAUGUUUCUGUUUCUGAGGAUAGUAGAACAUCUCAAAUGGACAGACCUUUGUUGAAGUCAAAGUCGAACAAUGAGCAGGAGGUUUUACAACCAAGAAUGAGGAGAAAACCAGCUACACCUACUUUCAGGUCAACAUUAGUCAACAAGAAACAAGUUAAAAUCCCACCUUCACCAUCAAAGUAUGUUGCUUUUAUGAAUCCCAGAAAAGAAAACAACAUCAUCACUCCAAAAUCCAAAAAUUCCACUACAAUGGAUUCUGUAGAUAAAAAGAGAAUAGCUCCAAGAUCUUUAUACACGUUAAUGAAUUCUGGUUCUGUUAAAGAAUCACAAUCAUGCAAAUUAAACUCUCAAAAUGUUCAGAAGAUUGAAACCAAAAAACCUGUUCCUAGUGCUCAUUCCACACCCAAACGCUAUCCAACACCUGCAAGGACUCCUUCUAAGGUUAAAAGUGGGGUGAAUAAGCAACCUUUGGCAACACCUUCGGUAAAAAGAAGGGUGGAAACACAAACGCCUUCAGCUGUUGGAAGCAAAACUCCGAGUCAAAAAUGGCACAUUUUCUCAGCUGUUUCAAAGUCACUGAAUGCUUAUAGAAACAAGUUGCAAUCACCAACUGUAUCUUCUCCUUUUACUUUGAGAACAGAGGAAAGAGCUGCACGAAGAAAACAGAAGCUUGAAGAGAAGUUUAAUGAAAAAGAAGCGCAGAAAGUGCAGCUGCAAACAUCAUUAAAGGAGAAAGCAGAAACAGAAUUUAGAAGACUUCGUCAAACUUUCUGCUUUAAAGCUCGGCCAUUACCGAGUUUUUAUAAUGAAAGAGAAAGAGAAACACCAAAGAGCAUGAUGAAAAGGACUCCACAAGCACAAGGGCAUUUGAAUUUGAGGUCGGUAAAUGUAACGCCUACAAGAAAAGCUCCGACAACAACAACAAUGGUAUCAUCACAACCGUGUUCCAUCAAGAAAUCUUCUAGAAGACUUUGGAAAAAUAACAAUGAUCAAAAUCCGAUUAAUCAUCCUUUGUCUGAAUUAGCAAGAAGGAUUAGCCAUGAAAAUAUGUCUCCAAAUAUUCAGUAGUUUUAGUUUGUGCAUAUUAUAACUUUUGCUGGCUGGUUUUAUAUGUCUGUCCAUUUCCAGUUAAAAGAUGAUUGAUUGAUUACUAAUAUUUCUCAAUUGCCAAUUGCCAAGGCCUUUUGGCAUGAAUGCAAAAUUUGUUGUAUUUUGGAAACAGAG